GGCAGCAGCCACCAGCCCGCUCCCCGCCUCCCUGACAGAGCCUCCGGCAGCAUGGGGGUGACAGGCUUGUGGGAACCUACUUAGCAUAAUGCACAGAAGGCAUGAUCCCUCGCAAUCAGUGAUUAUGGCUCCCUGAGGAGGAGAGACUGAGACAGCCUGGUGCCCCACCUCCAGUGGGUAAAGGGCAGCUUCUGCAAUAGACGAUUAGAAAAGCUUCCAGGAUAUCCACCACCUGGCUACAGGAUGCCCCCCAGAGACUCUACCUUCUAGGACUUCACCAACCAGCAGUGGGACCCUGGCACGACCUCAGAUCAAACACUCGGAGUGUAGGCCUUGGUCUGAAUCAGUGUUGGGUGAUGAAAAAGAGCUUGAGAAGCAGCAAAGGUGACAAACAGUGAGGUGCAGAGAUUCUUCGGGGACUCCUGCGGAAGAUAGCAGAGCAGAAGAUGGAGGUAUCAGUACAUUUCCCUGCUGCGGCAAGGAUUCAGUGGACAUUGUGGAAAGACAGAGUGACCACCACCGCCACCACCACCAUCACACCCAUGAAGAAAACGAGGAUGAAGAUACAGAGGUAGAAGCAGAGUUACCAAGGACAGAGCCCCCACCCAAAGUGGACCCAGAGCUAGGUCCAGUACCACAGCUGGAGGAGAUGGAGCCAGAAUUACCCUCUAAAACCACGCCCGAGACUGAAGGAGACAGCUACACUGAAAGCCCGGAGCAGCAGAACUACAGGAUGGAAUCCCUCAAGCCCUAUGAAGAGGAGGAGAUGGGCGGCCGGUAUCGCUCCAUCCCUGUGCAGACCUCUAAACAUCUUUUCUGGUCAAACAAGCUCAUCCAGGCGUCGGAGCACAGUCUACAGAAGGCCUUAGAAAAGCAUCACAGGAGCCCCCAGGAGAAGUCCAUCUCCAUAUCCCAGGUCUACACAGAAUGUACCCAACCACCAUCCAGCCCCCCAGUGUCUCGCCCCACCACGCCCACAGCCAUUGGCCUAGCCGAUCUGAUCAACUUCGCAUCGUCUCUGGCUGUAGCCUCCUCCAGCAACAUGGCCUUGCCUAACUUAGAGAACAUGAUCAAAGGAACAUCUGAGAAGUCCCAGAAUACCUCUUUAGACUUCUGUCAGCCUGUCCAGGCCAUCAAGUUUGCCCAGGCUACCCAGAUCACCCAGAUAUCCUCAGAGAAGCAAGAUGAGUCCCCCAAAAGCAUGGCUCACAAAUCUUGGACUCGGGAAACCAGGAAUGUAGCUUGCUCUUACCUGGAUAUUAACCAGGCAGGGCUCAAGACAGCUACCAUCCAAGGGGAAGUGAAGUUUGUCCAGACACCAAUCGCAUCCCCUCAGCUUCAGGAAGCCAAAGAGGACUCGGUGCCGGGAACCAAGAAAGGGAAUCCAUUAUUGCUGAAAAUCCAUUUUAAGCUGUCAUCCCCUCAGCCCCAGAGAAAUGACUAGACAAAAACAUUAAAGCCUCCAGUGCUGGC